CGAAGAAGCUGUCCCGACAGUGUUGUUUCGCUACAGAAGUUUCAGAAGAGCGUGUCAAAAUUUUUUGAUUUGUUUGCAUUCUGGAAGAGUGGUUUCGGUUCCAAUUUAAACCCUAGAGAGGAUGAGAACAGGCUUCAAUCUGCAACCGGAAGAUGCAGUAAUGCAGCGAAUCCCUGCUCCCCGAUUUCUGUUUGCUGAGGCAGUUCGAAUCAACACUUCGUAUUACCAUUAUCCGGCGGAAAUAUGGGAUCAAAUUCCGGACAAGGACAUCAUCAUCAAGCUGACCAUUAUGAUACCGAUAGUGCUGUUCGGCAUUCUCGGAAACACGGCCCUGCUGGAAAUAAUCCUUUCGAAUCGAGCAUUGCGAACGCCAACCCAUCUGUUGAUUGCCAAUUUGGCGCUUAUCGAUUUGGUCAAUUUGGUUUUCUGUCCGCCCAUCUUCCUACUUCACGAUGUCCACCAGAGCUACGUUUUGGGCCCGAUAGGCUGCAAGCUGGAAGGAUUCAUUGAGGGAGGUCUCUUGAUAACGUCCAUCUUCGCCCUUUGCAUCGUCAGCUACGACCGAUUGGCGGCCAUCGUUUUGCCAUCCUCGGCUCGAUUUACCAAAAAAUAUGCUAUUAUAGCUAGCAUUGUAUCUUGGACCAUGGGGUUCACGGCCGCCCUCCCACUAGCUCUGUUCCGGAACUAUCGGGAGCGUAAUUGGCAGAACUUCCAAGAAACCUUCUGUGCCGAGGACCGGGAAUUUAUGCCCCAUUACUGGGACUACAUCGUGGUUCUGCUUGUUUGGUUUCCGCUGGGCAUGAUGGUGGUCACCUACAGUGCCAUCUUGUGCAAACUGGACCAUUACGAGCGCAAGGCUAUGAACCGAGAACACCCGAUGGUUGUACGCUACAAGAGCCGUGUUGCCAAGACUCUGUUUUUCGUUUUGAUGACGUUUGUGGUUGUAAGAAUUCCUUUCACGGUCAUGAUUAUGCUGUACUACAACCACGUAGACGAUGCCAAUCGUUUUGAGGUAUCAGAAGGAUUUGUUCUGAUCUGGUGGAUUGCCAAAGUUGCUUUUAUGUUCCUUUAUUCGACUUUGAACCCUGUAACCUAUGGAUUGACAAACAGAACCUUCCGCAAGGCCUUCAAAACAUCUCGAGUAUUAGGGUUCAUUUGGAGAUGCAGUAAAGUUCCAGAGGAAUCGGAUAAGAUGCAAUAUAACGGAACAUUUAAAACCUGGAAAUUCUUAUUCCCACGUGAUCCUUGUGGAAAUGAUAAACUAAAUAAUCAGUUGUUCACGGAGAGACCACUUAAUAACAGAAAUAGGUAUUUCCCUAGUUGGUUAAAUCCAACUAUUCGAUUACCAGGUAAACGACUUGAAACCGGCAACAAAGAAGAUAACUUUCCGAAUACCAACAAUGGAACGAAAUCGUCCGGAGCCGGUAAUACGAAGUAAUGUCACCGCCCACGAGCCGGAGACUUUGUUUUUAUUCCCCAUCAAAUGAUCUGCCAAACGAUAUCAGGUAUAA